AUGCUUCUUCAACUUCCAGACGAAAUCCUCUGCCUCAUUUCCACGCAGUUAGAACAUCAACAGGAUCGCCUGCACCUGGCAUCCUCAUGUCGACGACUGUAUAUUGCACUGCACCGGACCAUCUUCGUCAAAUUCCUCUACACGAUAGUCCGAAACCCCAAACUCGCGAGCGCAGUCCACGUGCUGUUCUUGGGCUUCUGGACGACUAAGGCGACCUACGAAAAUCAUGGUUAUCCAAGCGCUGUCAAUUUUGACCGCGACAUCAGGGAAAGACUAGUCCAAGAAGCAGCUAGUGACAGUUCCCGACAAGAAAAAUGGAUCAAAGACCUCGAGUGUGGAAUAACGGAUGCCUGGCUGGCCCUGAUUAUUCCUCGGCUGAACAAUCUGCGCGAAAUCAGCCUUCCCUGGUCUGAUUGUGCAGAAUACAUUCCUGGCAUGUUCAUAGAUGCGGCCAAGUCAGGGACCCCCGUCUUCCCGCAUCUCGAGGAGGCCUGGACCAUGCCGUGCUACAUGGUGUUUACGUCAGAGACUGAAUUGAUGCUGCCGUUCUUAACGCAGCCGAUGGCAGACCUGGAUACGAUCCUGCAGGGCGUUGAAAACAUUCCGAAUCAGCGACGGCGGGUCCAUGGUACCUACAAGUCAUCCAACCUGAGGAGACUUUAUGAGGCUCUCUUAUUCCACAAGACAACAUUACAAGUGAUUUACGUCUUGAUGAGCUUCACGAACUUGGAAGUUCUACAUAUUUCUCCCUACACCAUUGUGGAAAUGGAUGAUAAUGACAUGCCGACGCAAAGUUUAGUUGAUCGACUUCCAACUUCAUUGGAGUUCUUAUCCAUACCAUAUUUUAACGAGGAUUGGCUGGAUUGGGUGCUCGAUGAGUGUGAGCUCCUGCUGGAUUUGAAUGUCUGCCCAAAACUCAAGACCAAAUAUUUGUAUUGA